CACGGGAUGUGUCACUGACUCCCUCGGGGACCGUGGAGGAGAAUGCCACUGAUCCACCAAACCCUGUAGGGCCACAGCGCAGCCUCCCACCUCCAUAUUUCUUUUUUUUUGUUGGGGGGGGGGACUUUUUUGACGCGGGUGAUGCUUUUUUAAAAGGAAAGAGAACGGGAAUAUACACACAGCACCACUCGAGUUCAACAUGGCGGACAAGGACAGCGUGGAGAAGUACUUGGAGAACAACCCGCAGUUCGCCAAAGAGUACUUCGACAAGAAGGUGCGCGCCGAGGCGCUGGCCGCCGCCUUCGCCGCGCCCCUGGAGGUCAAAGACACGGCUUCCUUCAAGGACGUCAGCUGCGUGCAGGAGGCCGCCGUCAUCUUCGAGCUGGUCCAGGAGCUGCAGAAGCAAGGGAGGAUGGAGGAGUCUCUCCACAAAGUGAUGCAGCGAGUCGCCCUGAUCCUGCAGGCCGACCGGGUCGGUUUUUACGUCAACCGGGCGAGGAACGGAAUACCCGAGCUCUCCUCCUGCCUCUUCGACGUGACCCCGACAUCCAAAUUCGAGAUAAACCUUGUCGACCCGCACAGCGAAAUCGUGUUCCCCCUCGAUAUGGGUAUCGUCGGUUUGACCGCAAAUUCCAAAAAGGCCCUAAACAUACCCGACGUCUCGAAGAAUCCAAAGUUCUCCGACUUUGUCGACAAACAGACUGGAUACAAAACGAAAUGCAUGCUCACUUUUCCCCUGAUGGCUGAUAAAGAGUGCCUUGGAGUUGUCAUGGCACUAAACAAAAUAGGAGCCGACUCGUUCACUGCAGAGGAUGAGAAGCUCUUCCACAAGUACAUGAACUUUGCCCAAGUCAUCACCCUGCAGAACUACACAUCCUACAUGUUCAACGUGGAGUCCAGAAGGAGUCAGGUGCUUCUCUGGUCAGCCAGUAAAGUGUUUGAGGAGUUGACGGACAUUGAGAGACAGUUCCACAAAGCGCUCUACACUGUGAGGAUCUAUCUGAACUGCGAACGAUACUCAGUGGGCCUGUUGGACAUGACUAAAGAAAAGGAAUUCUAUGAUGAAUGGCCGGUGAAAUUGGGAGACGUGGAACCUUAUAAAGGACCAAAAACGCCAGAUGGCAGGGAAGUCAUCUUUUACAAGAUCAUCGACUACCUCCUGGAAAGCAAAGAAGAGAUCAAAGUCAUACCUGGUCCGCCUGCAGAUCACUGGGCUCUAGUUAGCGGCCUACCGACAUAUGUUGCAGAGAAUGGCUUCAUUUGCAACAUGAUGAAUGUGGCUGCAGAUGAUUACUUCAAUUUCCAGAAAGAGGCCGUGGACGACACGGGCUUCGUCAUCAAGAACGUUUUAUCGCUGCCCAUCGUCAACAAGAAGGAAGAAAUCGUGGGCAUCGCCACCUUCUUCAACCGGAAAGACGGCAAGCCGUUCGACGAGCACGACGAACAGAUCACCGAGGCCCUGACGCAGUUCUUGGGCUGGUCGGUGCUGGUUUGCGACACGUACGACCGGCUGAACCGCAUGGAGUACCAGAAGGACAUCGCCCAGGAGAUGCUCUUGUACCAGACCAUGUGCACCAAAACCGAGUUGCAGGGCAUUCUGAACACCAAAGAGAAGUUUGACGCCGAGCCUGAAGAUUGUGAACAGAAAGAUAUGUACAAACUGUUGAGAGCAUCGUGCCCACCAGCUGACAACGUCAACGGAGAGAACCUGUACCUGUUCUCCUUCAGUGACUUCCCCGUCUCCGAGUUGGACCUCAUCAAAUGCGGCAUUCGCAUGUUCUUUGAGCUCGGAGUGGUCGAAAAGUUUAAAGUUCCCGCAGAGACGCUGACCAAGUGGAUGUACACCGUGAGGAAGGGUUACCGCAGCAUCACGUACCACAACUGGAGGCACGGCUUCAACGUGGGCCACACCAUGUUCUGCCUGCUGCAGACAGGGAAGCUGAGGAAGUACUACUCUGAUCUAGAUGCCUUUGCCAUGGUGGCAGCCGCUUUCUGCCACGAUAUCGACCACAGAGGAACCAACAACCUCUACCAGACAAAGAGCGCGUCUCCUCUGGCCAAACUCCACGGCUCCUCCAUCAUGGAGAGGCACCAUUUGGAGUACAGCAAGACGCUCAUGGCUGAGGAGACCCUGAACAUCUUCUGCAACCUCCAGAAGCAGCAGUUCAAGAACGUGCAGCACUUGUUUGAUGUCUGCAUCAUUGCCACCGAUCUGGCCCUUUACUUCAAGAAGAGAACCAUGUUCCAAAACAUUGUGAAUGCCACAGAGCCCAUGCCGGAUGAAAAAGAGGCCAUUGCCUACAUUUCCAACAACUCCACCAGGAAGGAGAUCGUGAUGGCCAUGAUGAUGACAGGUUGCGACUUGUCAGCUAUCACCAAACCCUGGGAGGUGCAGAGCAAGGUGGCUCUGAUGGUAGCUGCUGAAUUUUGGGAACAAGGAGAUUUGGAGAGAAGUGUCUUGGACCAACAACCAAUUCCAAUGAUGGACAGAAACUGUGCCGAACAGCUACCCAAGAUGCAGUGUGGUUUCAUCGACUUUGUAUGCUCAUUUGUGUACAAGGAGUUCUCCAGGUUCCACAAAGAAAUCACGCCCAUGUUCGAUGGUCUUAACCACAACCGGGCACAGUGGAACGCGCAGGCUGAGGUGUACAACGCAAAGAUGAAGCUCAUUGAGGACGAGAAGAAGAAGCUGGAGGAGGAAGAAGCCAAGAAAGCCGGUGGAGAUGUAAAGUCAAAGACCUGCACCAUCUGCUAAGUUCCUACGGUUCCAGGGUCUCGACUGACGCGGCCUGGUUAGAACUUAUCUAGCCUAUUCUGGUCUGACAACUAGUCUAGUCGGAGCUUGACCGGGCCGGCCUGGUCUGGUCUGAUCUACCCCAGAGUAGUUGUCUCUGGUUAGGUGCUGUCAGCUCUGGUGCAGUCUAGUCCAGCCCCGUCUGGCCUGGUCUGGUUCAGUGUAGCCUUCGUUAGCCUAGCGUAUUCAGGUCUGGUCUCUGGUUCGGGUCUGCGGUCAGCCUCACUGUCCCCCCCCAAGGAAGGGAAGAGUCAGCGACGUUCCCCAAGAAGUGAUGCUGGGACUGCGAGUGAAGAACCAGCAGAUGUGAUGUGUUUGAGCCCCCCCAC